AUGGUACCUACAAUGUUUGUUCCUCAAACAAAUAGUGACAUAGUCCAGGAACAAGUUUUAUAUCGCGAGGACAACAAAGCUUCUCAGAGUUUCGCUCAAUUCGAGCCCACCGCUGCACCAAGUGGCAACAUGUCCUACACCGGGGAAUUUCAAGCUCAAGAACCAGUACCAUCGCAAGGGAAUUACCACUACGGGGUUGCUCCCACCGACCAAACUCUUCCACCGGAGAAUUACCCCUAUGAAAAUGUCGCACAAGCAGUUCCGAGCAGCAUAGAGCACGAUGAAACAGGAUUACCAAGUUCUGGCACAAACUUCUACGAAGGGGACUCUUUUGAGCAUUUGUUACGGAAGCAGCCGAGUAAUGCUAGUGUUAACGCAGUCGAAACAAGUGAAAUUUCAGCGCCUGCGACUUCAGAUAAUAGUUUUGAUUACUACGCUCAAUCUAACUUCAGGGAAUCAAAUAUUGCGAAUGGCGCAAAGAAGGAAGAAACUCAAGCCCAGACCAAGGAAGAGAAGAAGACCAAAAAAGACGAUAACAAGAACUCAGAGAAACAGAGUGGCGGAUUAUUUACGUCAUUCGGCGGUUUCUUCAAAUCUUUCAUUCCCAAAGGCAAGAACGAGAUUAUCUUACCUGACGAUAAGAAGAAAACUAUCUAUUGGGACGAAAAAGAAGGAAAGUGGGUGAACACGGAAGAAGGUGAAGAGGAGAAAGCUGAUUUGCCUCCACCACCAAUUGAUCCAUCUUUGAUUGGCGGUGCCCAACCUGUCAUGCCUACCAUCCCAUCAGGAACUGUUAGACAACCUACACAAACAUCUGGCACAUCGAGUGCAGCUACCGGUUUCUCAAACACACCGCAACUUCCAGCAUCCCAGGCUUCAUCAGCGUCGCAAACUCCUCCCGCGGCAAACGCUCCACCAAUCAUUCCUGGCGCUUUUACUCCUGAUCAACCAGAAAUAUCGUUGAUUAAUUCACCAUUAUCGACACCUAGCCGAUUUUCGCGUAGAGCUCACAGCUCGAAAGGACAUAGAUCGAACUAUGUUGAUGUCUUGAGUGCCUCAGGGGCAACGACGAAACCUAACGAAACCGCGUCACCUCUCCUUUUCCAACCGUUUCCAGCACCACCAGGAAAUCAGGCACCAAUAGCAAGCAACAUUCUGUCGAAUACUGAAGGAUCACCGAUGCCGCCAGCUAGUCAGAGCAACGGCGUUGACCAGAGCAGUGUAGCCAACAAUACUGUGGAGGAACAGCCGACUAAAUCACAGUUCAAGUGUCAAGUGUCAAGUGUCACUCAUAAAGGAAUCCUUUCUGUUUCGAUACUAUCCUCAGGAUGUUUUCCUAAGUGA